GCGAAGAAAUGCAGUUGUAUAGUGCCAUUCGUAGAGGAAAUUGGUGGGCAGUGAAACUUACGGGCUUUAAUUGUUAUUUUUGUAGAAUUAUGCAGUUAGUUGAAUAUUUUAUGUGGAAUUGGUAGAGCAAGAAUGACUGAAAUGAUUUUAACUGGUCCUGAUGCUCGAAAGACAUCUUUUAAAGAUGAUGAUGAGUCGUUGCCUGUAGCACCAAAACGUGCAAGAACUUCAGAGGAUUUUUAUUUGUUCUGCAAAUUUAUUUUGGAGUAUGAAAACUAUGAAGAUUUCAGGGAAGAAUCAGACCAACAGAUAAUAAAAAACUACACUUCAUCACCACUUGGAUCUGGAAUUGAUCAACGUAGUGGAAGGCAGAAAGUCUCUGCAACUCGGGCCAGUAGUUCUAGACAUGGUGUUUCAGCGUAUAGUUCAGAUAAGAUUAAUGACUAUUCAGUUACUGACCCGAGAUCAAAUACAUCUCGAUCACCAAGUGAUGAAUAUGGAGCCAGCUCUGAGGAUAGCCAUGGACGUGAAAGGUUUCCUUCAAGAUCAAGUAAAUCUUCUUCAUCCACCAGUGACUCAGGUGAUGAGGAGGCCAGCUCUGCCUCAGCCCAAGACCGGAUGCGGAAAGGAAUUCAUUUGUCGGACAAAAGCUCCUAUGGGCUGAUAACAUGCUUCUGUAGGAGACCUUAUGCAGGCAGACCUAUGAUAGAGUGUUCAAAGUGCCUUACAUGGAUGCAUCUAUCUUGUGUGAAGAUUAAGAAGUCAAAUAUUCCAGAAGAAUUUUUCUGUACAAAGUGUAAGAAGAAUAAAAAGAACAAGAAUAGUGGUGACUCGGAGCAAUCACGUACAACUUUAUCGAGACAUAAGUGAAAAAAAUAAAUAAAUAAAGAACAGGGUUAUAAUAAAGACUUGGAAAACCUCGAGUUACAAUUGCUCGACAGGGACUUCUUGUUUUGCAGCUUUGUGUGUGUGUGUGUGUGUGUGUGUGUGUGUGUUUAUAUGGAUUAAGUGAGGUACAAAUUACUUGUAAUAGUUACAAGAAUUAAAUGGUUUCCACAAAUUUGAGGUCCCUUUCCAAGCUGGCUUGGAAACUUAUGUCAGCUUGGUGAUUUUGUAAGCAGAUGGUAAAAGUGCUGAUCAUAAAAGUUAUUUUUCGUCUAGGCCAUUACCAAUUAGGUCUUUCAAGUGACUGGAAUGACAAGAAUCAUGAUCACUUAAUGUAGCAAUAAAAGGAAACAGAAACCUUUAUUUGAAAUCUGGCUGUGUAACAAUGUUGUCAUUGUUCUUGUUAUUGUUGCAGUUGUUGUUUUUGUACUAUUAUAAGGAUCACCUUUUAGUAAAGAGGUUAACAUAUUUAUACCAGCCCUGUUGCUAUCUGAAUAAAAAUCAUGUCCUGGGAUUUUAAAAAACUGUGAGACUAUUUAUAACAGCUGCUUACUGAAGUGAUGCACCAGUUACUUUGUUUUCUGGAAGAACUGAAGUGCAAAUUUUUUCUAUGCUAGUAGUAGGCUAUAGUAAUUAUAAACUUUUUUAACAUUGGACCAGAUCAUUUGCUCAGUGUAGUGCAUGUGUAUAUGUAUUUUCGGUACUGUUGUUGUAUCUGGAAAGUAAUGACAUGUCAGUUAGUUGCAAAUGGUAUUAUUAUUUGUUUUACAGGGUGCUAAAAGCUGUGAAAAUGACAUGCAUUAAUUUACAUAUGUGUAUACCUGAAAAUAAUGGGAAAGAUCAAUGUGAGGAGAUUGAGAAAGAUACUUGAAAUGGGGUCUGAGUGGACAGGAGCACCAUAGAUUAAACAGGAAAUGAAGUACUGCAGUCAUUAUAUUUGUUAUUACAUUACUAAAAAGUGUGCUGAAAUGUUAGUAAAACCUCACAGUGGUAUUUUGGCCAGUUCAGAGAGAUUGGAAGCGAAACAGUCUAGUGUGUGUAUAGCAAAAUUAAUAAGUUAGGCUCAAAAUUAAUAAAUUAUGCUGCACCUUAUGUCAAAGAGAGGUUGAAAUGUGCUAGGCAGGCAGGUAUGUACUCUUGACAGUAAUUGAUUUGACAUGAUGUGUAAAGAUGAUUCACUCUACAGUUGAUUGUCAUAUAUUUGCAGCUGUAGUUACACAGAGAAACUGCAGAAGUAAAAAUAGAGAAGUAAAUUGUCGGGAACAACUUUUUUUUCUGUAUGAAAAAUCAAAAUAAUCAGUGGAGAAGGAAAAAUAUAAAUUCUAGAGCAGGUUUCACUCGGGUAGUUUUCUCUAAACUAAGCCAUAAAAGCAAUGAUCUCUACGUAAACUGCAGUUUUCUGAACAUGCCUGCCAAAGGUACUCAUGAUUUAUUUCUUGCCUAACUGCAACAUGGGGCCAUGUAGUGUCAAUAGAACAAAAAAAUCCGACUCUAAACCCGUGUGGCUGUUGCAGUUUUCUGCUAGAGACAAUGGCCAAUCUCUGCACGAUUUCAAAACUAUUGUGUGCUCUGGACAUUGAGUGUCUGAUUAGAAAAUUAGUUCUGUUGUAUUUCACUUAUACUUCACUCAGAUCUACACCUACAUCCAUACUCCGCAAGCCACCUGACGGUGUGGGGCGGAGAGUAUCCUGAGUACCUCUAUCGGUUCUCCCUUCUAUUCCAGUCUCGUAUCGUUCGUGGAAAGAAGGAUUGUCGGUAUGCUUCUGUGUGGGCUCUAAUCUCUCUGAUUUUAUCCUCAUGGUCUCUUCGCGAGAUAUACAUAGGAGGGAGCAAUAUACUGCUUGACUCUUCGGUGAAGGUAUGUUCUCGAAACUUUAACAAAGUUGUGGCCCUGAAAAAAUAAUGCUGUAGAAAAUGCUAAACUUCGUACUAUAUUUGCCAGAUAUUUAAGUAUGUGUAAUUCAUAGCAUUGAGUGUCAUAAAUAGUGUAGACUCCUGUUGAAUGCUGUUGAGUGUUUGCUUAGACAUGCCACUGCAGAUCAUAAAAACUAUGAAUUAUGCAAGUACUCUUUAAGUAUAAACUGAUAUUAAAACGUGGAGCAACACCUACCUUGGAAUUUAAAUUGUAUCUGAUGUGAUGCAUUGCCUACCAGCAUUGUUGUUUUCACUCUGUAUUGCUUUUAAACUUUUGCGUGUACUACUUGUCACUUGCUCCAUCCCACUACAGCCGCCUAAUGCCUGAGUGCGAAGUACUGUACAGUGGAGUGACAACCCGAGAGCCCUACUAGUCAUGGUAUGUUGAAGGGAAGGGAAGGGAAGGGAAGGGAAGGGAAGAGGAGAGGGCAGGUGGACACAGCUGCCCAGUGUUUUUUCUUUUCAAGAACAUGUUCUACAUGAAAAAUAGUACGUAAUUUCAACCUCUCGCACAUAUACGCCCAAUAUUAUUUUAACAGUAUUCUUGGCUUGAUAUACUGUAGCUAUAUACACACCUCAAAGUCAGAAGGUAUAAAGCUAAACAACUGAAGAAUUAUUAUGAAUUGAAUGAUAUUUGUUUCACAAUUUAAUCAUGACAAUCGUAUUUAAGAAUAGUGCAUCUUCUGAAAAUGUACUUCACUUUAACAGAACCAGGCUUAAAAUCCAAAGAAAAUAAUGCGCAACAGUGAUAGUCUAUCCUGCUUCUUUAAUGACACACUAUUUCAUUCAUUUACUACUACAUUUGUGAAUGGCAACAUAAAAAUAUUCGAAGAAAAGAGAUCUCGGGCACCAGCUACAGGUGAGAAACAGUGCGCUUCUACAUGGAGAACAAGCAUGUUACCAAUGUCAGAACAGUAUUUUACAAACCUCUGCGCUGUACAGUACUUCGCGCUCGGCCAUUAGGCAGUUGCAGCGGGGCAGUGCAUGUGAAAGUUCAAAAGCUACACUUUCAGAAGGUCAUAAUUGCGUACUAUAAGAAUUAUGGUCCGAAUUUUUGGCAUAGGAGCAAUUCCUGGAGCUGACACCUUGCAAGUGUGCUUCUUUUCUCCUUAAAAUAUGAAGUAAAGUUGGGAAUGUUUCCUUGUUAGUGAUACAUGUGGUCUAUUUUGACAACAGAUAUACAUCUGCAAGGUGACAAAUAAUGGAUUCCAGGAAUAGUGUUGCAAAUGCUUGUCAGUUUCAGACAGGAUAUGUACUACAGCAAAGAUACGAAGCACACAAAAUAUUUCUGGAUCACUAAGCUUUGUUACUAUUUACAGUUACAAAAAUGUGAGAUUGUAAAAUUUAUACCUUAUAUGAAGGUUGGGGGAACGUCUUAUCAACUAUUGUAAUCUUCUACUGAUGUGAUAGUUCCCUGCUUCUGAUACUGUUACAGCCAGUUACAUAAGAGUUAAAACUGGAUAUAAGUAAAUAAUCCUUGAUUACAAACAAAUUGAAUGAAACUUUUCCCUAAUUGCAAAAUGAUGGAUGAUCAGGAAACAAUCUGCAGGCACUUUCUAGGUGAGGCAACUCACACCUUCACACUUUCACCCCUGUCUCACUUCUGCAGAUUUCAGUCUCUUGGUCUUCUUGAGUCUACCGAGUGAGGUGGCGCAGUGGUUAGACACUGGACUCGCAUUCGGGAGGAUGACGGUUCAAUCCCGCGCCCAGCCACCCUGAUUUAGGUUUUCCGUGAUUUCCCUAAAUCGCUCCAGGCGAAUGCCGGGAUGGUUCCUUUCAAAGGACACGGCCGACUUCCUUCCCCAUCCUUCCCUAAUCCAAUGAGACCGAUGGCCUCGCUGUCUGGUCUCCUUCCCCAAACAACCCAACCCUACCCUCUUCUUGAGUCUCGGAUAUAGUCGAGUCCAUUGGAAUUUGUCUUUCGUGUCUUUCCACUCUGGGCAAUAUUCCCGGAUUGACACACUAACCCCAUCAGUCAAUCCAUCCAGCCAAUCUGCAGGCAGGUGGAAGUUCUUCACUCUAAUACCAGUGUUGUUCGUCCAAGUUGUUUAGGUAUCGUGGCAUCCAGGCAUCCCUCAAAGACUAAUUUGUUACUGAACCACUUUAGUCAUAGAUAAGCAAAUCUCCACACUGCAAUUUACCUAAAGUGAUGAUACUCCAGCAAGGUAUUCAGGGAUCUCUUUGUAGGUAGGAAGAGACAGUACUAAUCAACCACAGAUGUCCGCUGGUAGUAAGUACCCGCUAGUAUAAGUGUUACUGUAAAUUGAGGACUAUUUUAAGGACAUUGUCUGCCUUUGUCUAUGGAUAAUCUGUAACAAUCACACUUUUGAUGGCAUGCUAAACACUGAACAACAAUAUUUAGUAAACGGCAUAAUUAAAAUUAAUCAGAACAGCAAAUUGGAAGACUUGAGAGGCUGUUGACUUAGAUAUAUUUAUUGGUUUCACUGAAUUGGAAUUGGAAGGAGGAUGUGUAAUAUUGACAUUGGGGAUUACUUCUGCAGGGAACUGUGAAAAAAAUGAAAAGAAACCACUGUGGGAAAUUAUCUGGGUGAAGGGAAGAGGUGUGAAAUGGGAAGAUCUCCAAACAAAAUAAAUGUGACGAUUAAGCAAGCACUCUGUACUGAUAGAUGGUAUGAGUUGGGAAAAGUGUAUAUUUGAGUGAUGAAAUCUUGAGGGAAAGACUUGGUUUCAUCAGAUUUUUUUAAGUGUGUUAGUGCUAAGUAGAUAAAUAAUAAAAUACUGCCAUUAAAUGCCGGUUAUUUUUAUCUAAUAUGAAGUGUAUAUCAAAAUGUUUUAUUAGAUCUGGUGUUCUAUUAAAUUUCCAGUUUGAGUAAAUUUUGUAGUACAUAACAAUUUUCAUACUGACUAUGAAUGAGAAGAAAGCUGUCAUAAGCAACCUACAUCCUGCUUGUUGAUGUAAUUUGAUUUUUAUAAGAGACUUAAUGAUGGAAACUAUUUAUAGGAGAUGGAAAAUGCUAAAAGUAUUAGUUCAAAACAAAGGCAAUAAAAGCAUAAAUAAUGGAGUACAAUCUUUGUAGUUUAUAAAGGGGUGCACUAUGAUGCAAGGGCCGGUUUACCUAUUAAUUCAUAAUUUGCAUAAAUUCAACAGCUCAUUAAACAUUUUAGUAGUGAAGAAAAGAUUAUUUAUUGCAGUAGUUCUUCAAAUUUUAUUUUAUUUGUGUGUGUGUGUGUGUGUGUGUGUGUGUGUGUGUGUGUGUGUGUGUGUGUGUGUGUGUGUGUGUGUGUACUAUUUCCCAGCAUUUUAGUGUACUCACUCAUAUAAAUAUGUAUAUACAAAGUGAUCUCAGUUGGUUUUAAAAUUCUGAUCAUGAUGUUUUAAAUUUCAUUUUAUGGUUGUAAAAAUAAAAUUCUUAACUUCAGAUGAUUAUUAUUAAUACAAUUAGAUGUGUUUUAAAAUGUAUUUUAUUAUAAUUUUCCAUGAAUGUUAUUUUAUAUUACUCAUGAAUGUCACAUUGUAUUCAUUCUGCACUCCAGAGUGGAUGAUGACUGUUCUGACAAUGUACAUAGUUUCCACUAUAAAAUGCAGACUAUUUUGCUGUAAAA